AUGGCCCGCAUCGCAAACUACGAGCCGCUGUCUGACGGGCCCCAGCCACCGCCAGCCCCCAAGGGAUCCAAUCGAGAACUCCCCGCCCCGAUCAACUUCCCGCCGACGCUGGCCAGCCUGGCCACCAAGUACCGCAACGAGUUCGAGGAGACGAUCGAGGGGCUCAGGGAUAGGGCUGGAAAGCUACAGGACCAAGCCCCAAAGCUGUUGGCAAAGGCGCAGGCCAAGUUCGACCCUAUCCGCGACGAUGCGCUACGUACCAUCCAGGCCCAGGGUGACGUCACGGCGCCGCAGGGACCCAUAUUUGCCGCGUUGUACUGGGCUUCGAUCCUGGCGACGGCCGCCGGUUUGGCCAGCAUCAUCGCCCCGUUGCUGCUCGGCGGUGUCGUGAGGGCUAUCCUUGGCCGAGAAGGCGCCUUCCUCAUCUCCACGAUCGUCCUCCCCGCCUACGCGUUCUGGGACGUCAAGCAGGCGAUAGCCGACGGCCAAUCGGACAAGGCGAUCCGCUUCCGACUGCUCGGUGUGGCACUGGUCGAGGGUGCCCUCAUCGGCUGUGUGCUGCAGAAUUCAUUCCUGGCCGGAGCCCCCUCUUUCUCCUUCUACCUGUCCGUCGUCGCCAACGUGUACCCCAUGGUCGUCGAGAAGUUUGGGCGCAAUCGGCAGAUGCUGAUCGGUGCCUCCGUCGGUGCCGGAGCCGGCGCCCUGGCCAUUGUCGGCAUUCUCUGGGGUUCAUUCUGCCCUCCGUACAUCCUCAUCACCGCCCUCUACGCCUCAAUCACCGCCGCCGUCCUCCAGUUCCUCUACCGUGACGUCACCAACAAUACGGCCCCAACCUACGUCCACCAGCUGUCCCUGUUGCUCGGGCUGAUGGCCAGCGAUGUGCUCAUCUACCUGGUGCUCGGCAUGGACUCGGAGGCGUACGCCCGCUACAGGCAGAAGGCACGC